CGGAGGCCGGAGAAGUCCCGGCCCCUGGGCGCACCGCCCCGAGAGGCACUUCCGGCGGCGAUUCACUUCCUGGUUGGGUGGCGGAGCCGGGCGGGAGCGCGCGCGGGGGAGGGGCGGCGGGUCAGUCUCCGCCGGGCGCUCGGGGGAUCAGCUGGCGGGCGGGCGGGCGCCGAACGCGGCCCCGGCUCUCGCGGCCUCGCCGCCUCCUCUCCGCGACGCCUCCGCCUCCUCUCCUCUCCGCCCGGCGGCCGUGACAAUGUUGCGCGGCCGGUAGCUGGGCGCCGGCGGCCGAACCCUCUCAAGGCUAAACUUACACGAAUCGCCCUCGGGAGGAGGAGGAGCAGGAGGAGGAGGAGGAGGAGGCGACCUGCGGCGCGACUGACACGCAUAUUCCGAUCGCAUCCUCCCUCGCCCCCGCCCCCACGGCCGGGCUCGGGUGGCUCCUCAGCGAGCUGAAAUCCGAGAAGAAAUCCUUGGAUCUGUUUUCUUGAAAAAAAAAAAAAAAAAAUCCCGAAGCGGUCGGUCUUUUUGCUUUGCUGCUUCCUAUUUGCAAGAUGAAGAAGUUUUUCGACUCCAGGCGAGAGCAGGGCGGCUCUGGCCUGGGCUCGGGCUCCAGCGGAGGAGGGGGCAGCACUUCGGGCCUGGGCAGCGGCUACAUCGGAAGGGUCUUCGGCAUCGGGCGACAGCAGGUCACCGUGGAUGAGGUGCUGGCGGAAGGUGGAUUUGCUAUUGUGUUCCUGGUGAGAACAAGCAAUGGGAUGAAGUGUGCCUUGAAACGCAUGUUUGUCAACAACGAGCAUGAUCUUCAGGUGUGCAAAAGAGAAAUCCAGAUAAUGAGGGACCUGUCGGGGCACAAGAACAUUGUGGGCUACAUUGAUUCUAGUAUCAACAAUGUGAGUAGCGGCGAUGUCUGGGAAGUUCUCAUUCUGAUGGACUUCUGUAGAGGAGGCCAGGUGGUGAACCUGAUGAACCAGCGUCUACAAACAGGUUUUACAGAGAACGAAGUGCUCCAGAUAUUUUGUGAUACCUGUGAAGCUGUCGCCCGCCUGCAUCAGUGCAAAACUCCCAUCAUCCACCGUGACCUGAAGGUUGAAAAUAUCCUCUUGCAUGACCGAGGCCACUAUGUCCUGUGUGACUUUGGAAGCGCCACCAACAAAUUCCAGAAUCCACAAACUGAGGGAGUCAAUGCAGUAGAAGAUGAGAUUAAAAAAUACACAACACUGUCCUAUCGAGCACCAGAAAUGGUCAACCUGUACAGUGGCAAAAUCAUCACCACGAAGGCAGACAUUUGGGCUCUUGGAUGUUUGUUGUAUAAAUUAUGCUACUUCACUUUGCCAUUUGGGGAGAGUCAGGUGGCCAUUUGUGAUGGAAACUUCACAAUUCCUGAUAAUUCUCGAUAUUCUCAAGACAUGCACUGCCUAAUUAGGUAUAUGUUGGAGCCAGACCCUGAUAAAAGGCCAGACAUUUACCAGGUCUCCUACUUCUCUUUUAAACUACUCAAGAAAGAAUGCCCAAUUCCAAAUGUGCAGAACUCUCCCAUUCCUGCAAAGCUUCCUGAACCAGUGAAAGCCAGUGAGGCAGCUGCAAAAAAGACCCAGCCAAAGGCCAGACUGACAGAUCCCAUUCCCACCACAGAGACUUCCAUUGCACCCCGCCAGAGGCCUAAAGCUGGGCAGACUCAGGCAAACCCAGGAAUCCUUCCUAUCCAACCAGCCCUGACUCCUCGUAAGAGGGCCACAGUUCAACCCCCACCUCAGGUUGCAGGAUCCAGCAAUCAGCCGGGCCUCUUGGCCAGUGUUCCCCAACCAAAACACCAACCCCAACCCAGCCAGCCCCUGCCACACCCUCAGCCCAAACAGCCCCAGGCUCCGCCUACCCCCCAACAGACGCCUUCCACUCAGGCCCAAGCUACACCUCAGCACCAGCAGCAGCUCUUCCUCAAGCAGCAGCAGCAGCAGCAGCAGCCGCCACCGGCGCAGCAGCAGCCACCACAGCAGCCAGCGGGCACAUUUUACCAGCAGCAGCAGCAGCAACAGCAGGCCCAGGCCCAGCAGUUCCAGACAGUCCAUCCAACAACCCAGCAACCAGCCAUUGCUCAGUUCCCGGUGGUAUCCCAAGGAGGCUCCCAACAGCAGCUCAUACAGAAUUUCUACCAGCAGCAGCAACAGCAGCAGCAGCAGCAGCAGCAGCUAGCCACAGCCCUGCAUCAACAACAGCUGAUGACUCAGCAGGCUGCCUUGCAGCAAAAGGCUGCUGUGGCCACAGUGCAGCAGCCUCAGGCACAGCCAACUGUGGCCACACAGCCAUCUCCCGCCCAAGAGCCAGCGAUUCAAGCCCCUGUAAGACAACAACCAAAAGUUCAGACAACCCCACCUCCUGCUAUCCAGGGACAGAAACUUGGAUCUCUCACUCCUCCAUCAUCCCCCAAAACCCAACGUGCUGGGCACAGGCGGAUUCUCAGUGAUGUAACCCACAGUGCGGUCUUUGGGGUCCCAGCCAGCAAAUCGACCCAGCUGCUCCAGGCAGCUGCAGCUGAGGCCAGUCUCAAUAAGUCCAAGUCUGCAACUACCACUCCAUCUGGCUCUCCUCGGACCUCCCAACAGAACGUUUAUAAUCCUGCAGAAGGUUCUACCUGGAAUCCCUUUGAUGACGACAAUUUCUCUAAACUCACAGCUGAAGAACUGCUGAACAAGGACUUUGCUAAGCUAGGGGAAGGCAAGCAUCCAGAGAAGCUUGGCGGCUCAGCUGAGAGUUUGCUCCCAGGGUUUCAGUCUGCCCAAGGUGAUGCUUUUGCUGCUGCACCGUUUUCUGCUGGAACGGCAGCUCCAGCUGAGAAAAGGAAGGGUGGGCAGACUGUGGAUUCUGGCCUCCCGCUUCUCAGUGUUUCUGACCCUUUCAUUCCUCUUCAAGUACCUGAUGCACCAGAAAAACUAAUUGAGGGACUCAAAUCACCUGACACUUCUCUUCUGCUCCCUGACCUCUUGCCUUUGACAGAUCCUUUUGGUAGCACUGCCGAGGCUGUGAUUGAAAAAGCUGAUGUUGCUGUUGAGAGUCUCAUACCAGGACUGGAGCCCCCAGCUCCCCAGCGCCUCCCAUCUCAGACGGAAUCAGUGACUUCCAACCGCACAGAUUCUCUCACCGGGGAAGAUUCCCUGCUUGAUUGCUCUCUGCUUCCUAACCCUACUACUGACCUUCUGGACGAGUUUGCCCCCAUAGCGAUCUCUGCUCCGGCCCAUAAAGCUGCAGAAGAUAGUAAUCUCAUCUCAGGUUUUGAUGUCCCUGAGGGCUCGGACAAAGUCGCUGAAGAUGAGUUUGACCCAAUUCCUGUACUGAUAACCAAAAACCCACAAGGUGGGCACUCUAGAAACAGCAGUGGGAGCUCUGAGUCCAGUCUUCCCAACCUAGCCAGGUCUUUACUGCUGGUGGAUCAGCUGAUAGACCUGUAGCCGUGACCCAGUAGCAGAUGCAGUUCUGUAACCUUCAUGCCGUAAUACACAUUUUCAUUACGGAGUUAUGAGAAAAUGAUUUUUUUUAAUCUGCAAAUAAGGGGCCCUCUAGCCCUUUUCCCACCCCUUGCCUUCUCCUAUAGAAAUGAUAAGGAAAGAAAAAUCACUUUGGCCCUCCAGAUAGUCCUUGGCCAGUUUCUCCCUGUUAGGUUGCCAUGUUUUCUCAUUACCCUUAUUCAAUAGCAUUAUCUUAAGUCAAGCACUAGGUGCCGUGAGCUUCACCUCUGCUGGAAUUGAUUCCACCAAAAGCUUAACAGUAACUGAAAUGAAUGAAUAUGACACCUUGGUCUCGUACUUAAUAAGAAUGGCCUCCCAAGUCAGUGUCUCAUUUGGCCAGAUGCUAAUGAAUGGGUUUUCCUGUUUUUGCUUUUUAUUCUUAUACAUUCUCAUGAAGACAUGGCUUCAUCAGUUGGUCUUCUCUCUAGGCAGAAACCUGGAGAGAUGGGUGUGUGGUUUAAGAAAGGCUGAAACUAACUAGCCGAGGUGGUAGUAUAUGUUUGAGAAUAGGUAUGAGCCCAGCUCUAGCCAACCAAUUUUGAUCUUGUUUGGACAUAGACUUAGCCAAGGGAUUUUGCACCCCACACAACCUGCCCAGCGUUUGUCCAGCUUUCUGGCUUGCACUGAACCAUGAUUUCCCAGAUCUGCAGACGUGACUACAAGUACUGAGACCCCUGGAUAAAGUGUGUAUGUUCUGUAAAUCCCAAUUAUUGCCAUCCUUAUCGUGUUAACUGUCCCAAGCUGGGACCAAAAUGGUAGACCAAAACAAGACAAUGGUGGUAGUGUGAUAACUUUUAUUAGAAGACUUUUCACUGGGGGGCAGUGAAAAGGGGGGGGGGAAUUGUAGCAGAAACAGAUGUAUUUUUCUUGUGAUUUUUAUUUUGAAUCAAAUAUUGUAAAUUGUGUAUAAAUGAACGCGCUGACUAGUUCUGUUUCCACUUGGCGUUUCAAGUUCAGUAUCAGGUGUCUGUACAGGGUUAUGAUUCUUUCCCUUGUUUAACUAAACAGCGAAACCACAGUGUAACAUAUGGAAUCAUUCUGAGUAGACUUGUGUGUUGCUAUAAGCUUCCAGCAGGUCCUCUGUCUCUGUAGAAUAAGCAUGUUAUUUCUUUUCCAAUAAUCAGAAAUAAGUAUGCCGACAAGCUAGGCACAAGUAGACUGUGGCUACUUACCUUUCUUUCUCUCUGAUGUUUAAAUUGAAGGCUGCAGCCAAUGGAAUCUGUUCAGUUGGUUUUCCCUUGGCUUUCUAGAUUAAAAUUUUAAACAAAGCAUAGUUCUUCACUAACCUUAGACUAUUGUUCAUAAAAAUCAAUAAAGGCCCCUGCACUGACAUAACAACAUGCCUCGUGGUCACCCUUUGUACAUGUACUGACUCAUUAAAAUGUAUUUUUCUUCUUACAUGGAAAGCUCUUUUAUAAAAUCACCCUUUUGAGAAGAGGUGGGCACAGAGAACCCUGGUUUCUCUUCCUUGAGUGCCGUCGUCUGUGAUCAAAAGGGAAACUCAUAGUCGAUCAGAGUUAUGCCAAUAAAAGUCCAAGUCCAUUUGCCAUUCCCCUAUCUAAUAUUUUUGUUUCUUCUUCCCACAUUUGCACUUUAAUGGGAGGGGGGGUAGUAAGUUUCUCAGCAACAACAGCCUGCAAAACUGCACUGUAUAGGGCAAGCUUUGACCCCAGCUAUGGAGAACAGCUUUGAAAGGCAUCUGAGAAGUCUGAAUCCUUCAGUCUUCCUGCUGAUUUCAAAUACAUCCUAUGCUGCUCAACACUAGAUGAGCUUAAUACAGGCAUCUGUUAUGUAACACCAUUUCCCAAAUUGAGAGAGGUACAAGCUGCCUGCUAGAGAUAAAAAAAAAAAAAAAAAAAAAAAAAAAAGACAUCCAUGAAGAGCUUCCUGUGAGUGGGAAGCAGUGAAAAUAGGACUUGGCUUACCCCUUUAUGGUCAGGAAAAUUGCUAUAGGUCCAAUUCGUACCCUCUUUCCUGGCCA